AGUGGUGAGAGUGUUUGGUUGGAAAGUGGAAGAGAAUGACGUUGGAACUCUGGGUCAUUCACCAUGACCUGGAAGAUUUAGUGAUAGACGCUUUGAGUACCGCUUUAAAUCCUUUUUCCAGAAGAGCCCAAAGCCCAAAGCCAAGAGCGCCUUGCGAGUUCGACAAAAAAGACCGCAGACCAAAGCAAGAUGACGGAAGUAGACCAAGACCCCGAACCGACAACCUCGAGUGUGGAAGAGGACGCCGACAAGGCGCCAUCGGAUUCCGAAGAGGAGGAGUACGAGUGUCGAGUCUGCCGAGGACCAGUGGAAGAGGGACGGCCACUCUUUUCUCCGUGCAAAUGCUCGGGAUCCAUUGGACUGGUUCAUCAGGAUUGCUUGACUUCGUGGCUAUCAGUGACGCGGGGUGAAGGUCGCUGCGAACUCUGCAAAGUCAAAUUUCAUUUCGCUCCACGAUAUGCUGAGAAUGCUCCAGAACGACUCUCCGUGUCGGAAGUGUUGCUGGGGUUGUCACGCAGUGCCGUGGCUCGGUGGUUGCCCUUCCUUUUGAGACUGGCAUUUUGUUUAUCACUUUGGCUGGUCAUUGCGCCUCUUUCUACUGCUUAUUUGUAUCACCUCUGGGUAAAGAGGUCCUUGUCGCGUGUCAUUGAACGAUGGACAUGGCAGCUGCUUCCUGCGGACACGGUGAGCGGCGCUGUCCUCAUGACCAUAAUUUUGGUCAGCUUUUUGAGUCUCAUGAGCUUUGCAGACUUCCUAAGAGUGGAGUGGCAGCAGCAGCAUCGAGUAGAUCCACCUGAACCGGAGCCUCGUAUCAGACGAGAAGCAGCAGGAAAUGGCGCAGAAGAAGAAAACAAUCGACAACAAAAUGAAGUGGACAAUGCACUCUUAGAUAGACUCAAUGAGCUCAGAGCACGCAGAGACACCCAGCAACAACAACAACAGGAACAGGAAAUACAGAAUGACGACGUUCAAGUUGGCACUGAUCCUAAACAGGAGAACCAAGGUGACAACAACAACGUAGAAAACAGCGAGCAAGCUGCUGCUCCCGACGAAAAUGCAGAAAAUGUAGCCCAAAAUGAAGGCGGAAAUGGUGGCGAGGAAGACGACAAUAACAACAACGCUAAUGCCAUAGAGGAAAGAAUGAGACAAGAGGCAGAAGAAAACAACAAUGCAGACCAGGAAAAUCAAAACAACGACAAUGCGCAUCCUCAACCGCCACGAGACAACGCAAGGGUCGUUCCUCCUCGUCCUGACAGACGCCUGGAUGCCAUGGACAUGGACCCUCCUUUGCCAGAGGACCAAGUGGAUAUGGAAAUCAACGUGGCACUCGACGAACUCUUGGGUUUGCGAGGCCCACUUAGCUCGCUGCUGAGAAAUCUAUUGUGGUUGCUUGUCUUCAAUACCAUUUAUCUGGGUUUCUUCACCUUUGUUCCAAGGACAAUCGGAUCCGCAGUGUACUCGACUUUAUUCAACACAACAGCCUUUGAAAAAGUGGAAUCGGAAAACGCAACAAGCCUUACCCUCGUGUCAGCGAUAGCUCUUGUCAACGACGAAAGUGAGAAACGAAAUACUGUCUUCCAGUUGUCAGAUUUUGCCGCUGUCAACCUGGGAUACUUCUUUUGUGCUGGAGUCGUCAUCUUGAUUCGUUACAGCUGGCUGUUUCUGCUCAAAUUCCGCCGUUUGCCCACAAGCGACAAUCACGGGAUGCCAAGGGUAGUGCCGCCUCAAGCUGCACAUGGUCAACAGGACGAAGACGUGCACGGCGACCCUGCCGGUCGCAUUGGAGAUGCAGGUAUCGGUGAUCACGACUUUAACCGUCGACAGGCAGCUGCGGAUCGAUUGGAACACCCAGGCAUUGCACUGGGAGAGGCCGUAGGACUCAUUCUAGACGCGACAAUUGCCGUUGUGAAGGUUGGGAUUUUGCUUUUUCUCAAGAUGUUUCUACUUCCUGUCCUACUUGGCAUAUGGCUGGACGCUUCGUCUAUGGAUUUGUUUGGAUCCAGUGCCGAAGAUCGCGUUGUCUACGCGGGGAGAGACGUCUUCUCCUUCAUCUUGUUGCACUGGGUGGCGGGAAUUACAUUUAUGCUAUUGGUCACUGUAUCAGUCUUACAACUGAGAGAGGUCGCGCACGCAGACUUGCUAGCACACCUCAUCAGGCCGCAAGAACCACAGCCAGAUCUUCUUGGCAAUUUGCUGCAUGACAGCGUGUUCGCACAAACGAAACGGAUGCUUCUAUCCUUGGGAAUCUACACUGUUUUGCUGGUGUUGCACGUGUCUCUUCCAGUACAAAUCCUAACUACAACCGGAAUUUCAGAGCUCAUGCCUUUCCUGAAACUCAGGUUUUGGUACAUGAUUAUGCCGCAAUUGCAGGUUCCUCUCGAACUGUUGUUUUUCCAUCUAUCAAUGCUGGCUUUGCUGGAGAGAUAUAAGAACUCCAUCGGGGAGAUGCAACACCAUUGGCUGGUAUUCAUGUGCUCUCGAAUGGGGCUAUCCCAAUACAUGCUCCCUCACGAUAUUGAAAAGUUUGCGUUGGUUGGCUACAUUCCAGUAUCAGCCGAAGAUUCAAACCAAUCGCUUCACGACCUGGCAUCGGGAGAGGGCGACCAUGAAGAGCUGAUACGCGAGAACAUGAAAAACAUCAAUGCAACGUUGCGGCUAGAAAUACCCGGAGAGACAAGGGAAAACGGUGAGCGAGUGCUGAAAGAAACACAUGCAUUCAUUGCACUGCCGAGCCAGUCCCCUUCUGGCACCAGCGCCACAGACGAAUCAGGCGCAAGCGAUGGGGUGGUACUUCUGCCAACAAAGUUAGGAAGGUUCCGAUUGAAGAAAAGAGAGGACCCAACAAACGAACUAGCCAUUGAGAUUUGGGAAGAGGUAUCUGGGAAGCCAAUCCCGCGGCCACCCGAAGGCUGGGAUGAUCUUGGUGCGGGCGGGGCAGACAUCCAAGGAAGAUGGGCUUGGGGGAAGGAAAAACAGUCGGGCAUCGAGCACGGAGUCGCCCAUCGGCCACGAAUCUUUGGCCCUUGUGGACUGUCGAACAUGACACUGGCCAAUUUGACUGCCAGAUUCAUUGUGCUUCUGUUUUUAUCUUGGUGUGCGACAACAUGCCUGUUGGUUUCUGCCGUUGCAACACCUCUCGGGGUUGGACGAUUGGUAUUCUUCUUCCUUCGUGUGCCGGACACACACAUUCACAUGCCCUGGCUGUUCGCAAUCGGAAGUCUUCUUGCGUUUCCAAUAAUGGCACGAGGGGGCUCUCUGCUGAUGUCUUCCUCUGACAGUUCUGUGUCAGAGAGUCUAAUUGAUUGGAUUGGCUCAAUGCGGCUGCCUCCUCAACGAAAGGGUCGCGUUGUGCUCCUGGCGGGGUUGUGUUGGUUUGUCCUGUGCCCCUUGGCUUUAGGUCUUUCUUAUGAGUUGUGCCUUAUCAAGAGUGCAGCUUGGUUUGCUGGAGAGGAAGUCUUGAUGGACACGAAAGGCUUUUUCCUUAGCUGGAUGGUGGGAUCCAUCUUGUUGAACACUUGGGCAUGCUGUUGCAGUCUCAGUGUCUUCACGAAAGAGUUUUGGGUGAACCUUGGCAAUGGUAUUGUUGAGAUCGAAGGCGAAAACCAGCGAGGACGCAGAGAGAACGGCGCUCAGGAUCAACAAGACCAGGGACCACGCUGGCAAGGCAAAGAUGGAAAGGUUGCAAAGUUCUUUGCCGUUUGGAAAUCCGUCAUUGUACUGUGGGAAUGGGACACAGUUGACCACGAGGUGCUGCUGAAUGAAUGCGCCAUUCCGGUAUCGAAGAGCCUCGGUUUGCUUCUUUUGGCACCUUCACUGUGCUAUUCACUUUGGUUUGGAUCGAUCCAAGCCACCAUUGGCUUGAGCGAGAUUUCCGGCAUUCUUCGGCUGUACAUUUUCCGUCUUGCUUCUGCGUCAACUCUUUUGCUACAGCUGUGUCACGCCUUUCGAAGUCAGAUUCAGCGUUGGUUCAGUGCGGUGCACAAAACGGCUCGCGACGACCGCUAUCUGAUCGGCGAGAUUCUCUUGAACUACCAGCCCGUCGCGGAGUCGUAGGGCUGCAUGAAACCAGUGGUGUUGGCAGCGAUGAUGAUGAUGGGUAACAUGUUCUAAUUAGCGAGAGGCUCUAAAUCACCUUGAAUGGCAGCAGCUCUCCAAAUUGCGGCCUGUCAACACAAUGUCAUGUCGCCAACGCAACCAACAACCAAAGCAGACUAACGAGAAAGAAAAUCACUUUAUCGAAAACUGGUAGUAAUAGCUCCCGAGACAUACCGGUGCGUCUGCUAGAUACCGUAGCAUUAGAUGUACGGUGACGUAUGGGAGGUAGGCGUAGGGGGGGCGGGUACCAUACACGUGUGCCGACAUGAGUGACAAACCAUGAAAUCGUGUGACUGUAGUAAUAACCUCCAAUGCUUUCGCCCCAUGGUACCAGGGGUUGAGAGGCAGCACGUCCGCUGGAUACGUAUGGUACCGGUACGACCGUACAUGGACCCAGAGCAAAAGAAAGUUUUGGAUGAUGUGGAUAACAAGGUGUACGGUACCGGUAGGUGGUUGACAAGGUGGGUAGACAUAGGGUAUUAUUGAAAGCUAGAGUUUGGCGAGCCCAUUCUCUUGGAGACCAGGGGACAGAUGUGACUUGUUGGAAAAUGAGUGGAGAGAAGUACUAUACUGGUAUGUGGCUGGGAGCAGAGCUUUGGGGGCAGAUUGAAGUUGGCUGGUUAUAGCAGUUUUGGGAAGGUUGCUGUGCCAAGAUGUGGGUGUGGGUGGUGUACAUGUAGAGGAAGAUGCGUGGUGCCAUCGAGAAAUGUGAGGGCUGGGUUGCCAAGAUCAAAGAAGGGGUCAAAAGUACUACAGUAUGCAGAGAAGGAUCCCCCUUCAUUCCAGCUUGGGCCGAGUGCAAGCUGAAGCUAUGAAUUGAAGAAUGAUGGCUAGCUAGCUAGAAUCCAGAGAGCAGCCACAAGAUCAAUGAAUGAGAUGAGAUCGUGUUGAGUUGAUUGACGAAAUGAGAAAGGAAUGCCAUGCUAGCUAGCUAGCUACAUGUAGUACAU